UUUGUGUGACCUGUAUCUUAGCUGGGUCUGGGUCACACCAACCAUGUAAGAGAGCCCACACUGGUGACGUCGCUGCAGGGCAAGAACAUCCACCAGAUCUCUGCUGGACGCUGCCACAGCGCAGCAUGGACAGCUCCCUCUGUGCCGCCUCGAGCACCAGGCUCAUCAGUUCCUCUCCAGCUGGGUCUGCCUGUGGCAGUGCCUCCUCAGUACAGCGGGUUGAAGGAGGUGAGCAUCGAGGCAGUGAGGGCUCGCCUACGCCUCCUCUACCACUUCUCUGACCUUAUGUACUCCUCGUGGAGGCUGCUCAACCUCAGUCCCAACAACCAGAGCUGUACCUCCCACUACAACGCUGGUACCUGGGGGAUUGUCCAGGGUCAGUUGAGGCCCCUAUUGGCUCCCAGAGUGUACACUCUGCCCAUGGUGCGCUCCAUAGGCAAGACCAUGGUGCAGGGAAAGAAUUAUGGCCCCCAGAUCACCGUCAAACGAAUCUCCACUCGGGGACGAAAGUGUAAACCGAUCUUUGUGCAGAUCGCUCGUCAGGUCGUGAAGCUGAACGCCUCGGACCUUCGACUGCCUUCGAGGGCUUGGAAGGUCAAACUGGUGGGGGAGGGGGCCGAUGACGCAGGUGGCGUCUUUGAUGACACCAUCACAGAGAUGUGUCAGGAGUUGGAGACAGGGGUGGUAGACCUGCUCAUCCCUUCCCCCAACGCCACAGCAGAAGUUGGCUACAACAGAGACAGGUUCCUCCUCAACCCGUCCGCCUGCCUGGAUGAGCACAUGCUCCAGUUUAAGUUUCUGGGAAUCCUGAUGGGCGUUGCCAUCCGCACCAAGAAGCCCCUGGAUCUGCACCUGGCUCCUCUGGUGUGGAAACAGCUGUGCUGCAUUCCCCUGCUGCUGGAGGAUCUGGAGGAAGUGGACCUCCUCUAUGUGCAGACGCUCAAAAGCAUUCUUCACAUUGAAGACAGCGGCAUCACUGAGGAUAAUUUCCAUGAGAUGAUUCCCCUUGAUUCCUUUGUCGGGCAGAGUGCAGAUGGUAAAAUGGUGCCCAUCAUCCCGGGAGGAAACAGCAUCCCUCUCACUUUCUCCAACAGGAAGGAGUAUGUGGAAAGAGCUAUUGAGUACAGGCUGCAUGAAAUUGAUCGACAGGUGGCGGCGGUUCGCGAAGGCAUGUCGUGGAUCGUGCCGGUGCCCCUGCUGUCCCUGCUGACGGCCAAGCAGCUGGAGCAGAUGGUGUGCGGCAUGCCCGAGAUCUGCUGCGACGUGCUGAAGAAGGUGGUGCGGUACAGAGAGGUGGAUGAGCAGCACUCCCUGGUGCAGUGGUUCUGGCAGACCCUGGAGGAGUUCUCCAACGAGGAGCGAGUCCUCUUCAUGCGCUUCGUCUCCGGACGCUCGAGGCUGCCCGCCAACACGGCCGACAUCUCUCAGAGGUUUCAGAUCAUGAAGGUGGACAGGCCGUACGACAGCCUCCCCACCUCUCAGACCUGUUUUUUCCAGCUGCGUCUGCCUCCGUACUCGAGCCAGGCUGUCAUGGCCGAGAGACUGCGCUACGCCAUCAACAACUGCCGGUCUAUUGACAUGGACAACUACAUGCUCUCCCGUAACGUGGACAACGCUGAGGGCUCGGACACGGACUACUGAUGCAGUUAGUUCCACACAUGCACACAUGAAUAAAAUUAUAGAGUCCCAGGAAUGACCGGGCACGGACUGUCUUAUUCAAACACCUCACACACACACAAACACAGAUGUAUCGUCAUCACUGCAUCAGUUGUAAGAAACUCCGGAGCAAAAUGGGCCACUUUUUACAUUUUAUGUACUUUAAGCAGCACAGAUUUUCAUUUCUCCUUGUGGUUUAUUAGCAGUUUUUAAUGACACAAAAAUCCACACAAGAAGUGCAUUUAGUAUUAGUUUUUUUUUUUCUCUCUCUCUCUUUUCUUUUCUCCCCCUCCCCCCACUACUCCACAUCCCAUUUUCUGGGUUUCUGCAUGGAGGUAAUGUUUGUUUGGAAAUGUGUAUAGAAUAUUCAGGCGAGUGGUGGAGGAAGAAAAAAGAUCAUUGUACAUUGUGUAAAAUGCUUCAUUAGGAAAAUGUUUUGCAUAAUAUCCAUAUUUAUUGUUUUCAUUGCCUAUGCCGAGUUUCCCAAAGCAUUCAGAAAAAACAACAACAACAACAAUAAAUGCUGCAUAACUGA